GUACACGUACGUAACUCGAGUCAUCGGUUUUAGAACAUAACGACUCUAUUCUUAUUUGUUCAUAGCUUCAUCGGAAAAGAACUUGCAUAAUGGUAGAUGGUUCACUUUAUGCACCUCUGCAAGCUAAUCCACCAUCUGAAACGAACGAAAAUGUUACUCCGAUGGCAAAUGCUGGAACGUUAAGUAAGUUCACGUUCUGGUGGCUGAAUCCGUUGCUAAUCAAAGGAAAAAGUAAAGUUCUUGACGACAAAGACAUCCCAAAGUUACGAAAAGAAGAUACAGCAGAAGAAUGUUAUUCCAGAUUCAUGGAGACGAUGAAGAAACGAAGAGAAAAAAGUGUUUCCGGUGAUCGUAGUUGUUCCGAUCCGGCGAUUUUCUCAACGUUGUUCGUUUGGCAAACGAAAAAGCUCGUAAUCACUGGGUUUUUUGCGCUGAUAAAAGUCCUCGCUAUGGCUUCAGGUCCUUUGAUUCUUCGAGCUUUCAUUCGAUUUUGUCAAGGGAAGCAGAGUUUCGAACACGAAGGGUAUUUUCUGACGUUAGGGUUAUUUCUAGCGAAAUCUCUGGAAUCGAUAUCGGAGAGGCAACUGAAGUUUCGGAAUAGAGUCAUCGGACUCCAAGUGAAAUCGAUGUUAUGUGCAGCGAUUUAUCAGAAGCAACUCCGGCUAUCAAACGAUGCUAAACUGAGUUACUCCCCCGGUCAAAUCAUGAACUACGCCACCGUCGACACUACCAGAAUCGGCGAGUUUCCGUUUUGGUUUCAUCACAUAUGGACGAUCGGUCUUCAGAUCAGUCUAGGGAUUGUCAUAAUCUAUUAUUCAGUCGGAGUAGCCACGAUUGCAGCUUUGUUAGUGAUCAUAUCAACGGUGGUCGGAAACAUUCCGUUGGGUAAGUUGCAGCAUAAGCACCUAACGAAGCUCAUGGCGGCGCAAGACCGGCGGCUGAAGGCCAUAACAGAGUCGAUUUCAAACAUGAAGGUUUUAAAGCUGUACGCUUGGGAGACGCAUUUCCGUGAGGCAGCCGGAAAGUUAAGAAACGAAGAGAUGAAAUGGUUGUCGGCGGUUAUCUCUCAAAGAGGACUUUUCAUGCUUAUGUUUUGGUCGUCUCCGGCGAUUGUAUCGGUGGUGACGUUUUGGAUAUGUUAUUUGUUGGGAAUUGAGCUUGAUGCGAGUAACGUGUUUACGUUUCUGGCAACGAUUCGGAUCAUUCAGGAGCCGAUUCAGAACAUUUCUGAUGUUGCCGCGGUGUUUAUUGAAGCAAGGGUUGCAUUAAGUCGUGUUGUUGAAUUUUUACAGGCGCCGGAGUUGCAAAAAGAGGGGAAGAAUCAUGUAAAGGUGGAGGAUCGAUCUUUGAUAAUCAAGUGUGAGUCGAUUUCGUGGAUUGAUGAUUCUUCAAAACCGACUCUGGGUGAUGUAAAUCUUGAAGUUUUGAUCGGAAAAAAAGUGGCGAUAUGCGGCGAGGUUGGGUCUGGUAAAUCGACUCUUAUAUCCGCCAUUCUUGGAGAGGUUCCCAACAUAAAAGGCACCGUUGAAGUUAAUGGGAAGGUGGCAUACGUUUCACAAACAGCAUGGAUACAAACAGGGACAAUUCAAGACAAUAUUCUAUUUGGAAAGUUGAUGGAUGAGGAGAAGUAUCAAGAAGUAGUAACAAAAUGCUCACUUGAAAAAGAUAUCGAUAUGUUCCCAUUUGGCAAUCAAACAAUCAUUGGAGAAAGAGGCGUAAAUCUAAGUGGUGGACAAAAGCAACGAGUUCAGCUUGCCCGGGCAUUAUAUCAAGAUGCAGAUAUAUACCUCUUGGAUGAUCCAUUUAGUGCGGUUGAUGCACAUACUGCAGCCAGUUUGUUCAAAGAAUACAUCAUGGAAGCUCUAUCGAGUAAGACGGUGUUACUUGUGACUCACCAAGUCGAUUUCCUGCCUGCUUUUGAUGAUAUUCUGUUAAUGGCAGAUGGGAAGAUCAUUCAAACAGGAACAUAUGAUCAAUUGCUUAAUACAUGUAAAGAGUUCCAAAACCUCGUGAUUGCACUCAGCAAUACUUCUGGUUCAGAUAAUCAAGCAACUGAUGAUUCUCAACAAUUAUCUAAAUCCCCAAAUCAAGAAAUUAAAAAAAUCAACCCUAAAGAAAAGAUGGAAUCAAAUCAUUCGUUAGGAGAACAACUGAUUAAGAAAGAAGAACGAGAAGCAGGGGACACUGGUUUAAAACCCUACAAACAGUAUCUUAGCCAGAGCAAUGGAUUCUUCUACUUCGCUAUGUCAGUUUUGUCACAUUUCUCGUACAUCAUCGGAUAUUUUCUUCAGAAUCUAUGGUUGGCUAAGGAAGUACAAGGUGGAAGCGUAAACCAGAGGAACAUGUUGGUUGUAUACAUGCUCCUGGGUUUUGUGAUGAUGUUCUUUUUAUUCGGUAGAUCUUAUUUUAUCGUUAAAUUAGGGGUUAAAACAUCUAUUGCAAUGUUUUCCAAGCUGAUUACAUCUCUUUUCCGAGCACCCAUGGCCUUCUAUGAUUCGACACCUGUGGGAAGAAUCAUUAGCCGGGUGUCAUCUGAUCUCAGCAUUGUGGAUCUUGAAUUGGCAAUGAAGUUUACAGUUGGCAUAGGCACAACGAUGAACACGUACUUUAGCUUUGGAAUCUUGACAUUCCUAACUUGGCCUAUCUUGUUCAUUAUCAUUCCAACGGUUUAUGUCACAAUACUUCUACAGAAAUUCUACUAUGCAUCUGCAAAGGAGUUGAUGCGAUUAGAUGGCACAAGUAAGUCAUUAGUAGCAAGCCAUCUUGCACAAUCCAUUGCUGGAGUGGUUACCAUUAGAGCUUUUGGUGAAGAAGACCGAUUCUUUUUAGAACAUUUGCACCUUAUUGACAACAACUCAAGUCCAUUUUUUCAUAGUUUUUCAGCCAACGAAUGGUUAAUCCAACGUCUAGAAAUGCUAUGUGCUCUUAUCGUUUCAAGCUCUGCCUUAGCCAUAACUUUGCUUCCGUUUCAAGCUUCUGACUCAGGAAUCAUUGGAAUGGCUCUUUCGUAUGGGCUCUCAUUGAAUAUUUUCCUAGUUGUUUCCGUUCAAUUCCAAUGUCAGCUAUCGAAUUUGAUAGUUUCGGUUGAAAGACUAGAGCAAUACAUGCAUAUCCCUAGUGAAGCCCCGGAAAUCAUAGAAGAAAAUCGACCUUCAAGAAGCUGGCCAAGUACUGGUAGAAUUGUUAUCCAAAACCUAAAGAUAAGAUAUCAACCGAAUUCCCCAUUAGUUCUUCAAGGAAUCAGUUGUGUAUUUGAAGGAGGAAACAAAAUCGGAAUUGUUGGAAGGACAGGGAGUGGAAAGACAACUUUAAUUAGUGCUUUGUUUCGAUUAGUGGAACCUACAGAAGGAAGAAUCAUUAUAGAUGAAUUAGAUAUUACUUCAAUUGGACUCCAUGACCUUCGAUCAAAUUUUGGUAUUAUUCCACAAGAACCAACUUUAUUCAGUGGAUCCGUUCGAUAUAAUCUUGAUCCUCUUGGAGAACAUAGUGAUCAAGAACUAUGGAAGGUUCUAGAAAAAUGCCAACUUCAAGAGGUGAUUCAAGAUAAAAAAGAGGGGUUGGAUUCGUUAGUUGUGCAAGAUGGAUCAAAUUGGAGUUUGGGACAACGACAACUGUUCUGUUUAGGAAGAGCUCUUUUGAAAAGGCGAAAGAUACUUGUACUUGAUGAAGCCACAGCUUCAAUCGAUAAUGCAACUGACACAAUUAUUCAAAAAACCAUUCGAGAAGAAUUUCAAGAUUGCACAGUAAUUACAGUUGCACACAGAAUACCAACUGUUAUAGACUGCUCAAUGGUACUUGUUAUGAAGGAUGGAAAGGUGAUGGAAUAUGAGAAGCCCACAACAUUGAUGAACGAACCAUCUUCAUUAUUCGCGCAACUUGUUAACGAAUACCGGUCACAACAUAAAACCUCAACAUCCGAUAAGAUCGCCUGACCUCAUAAGAUGCAAUGCCAAUAAAUAAUAAGAUUUAUUGUACAUGAUUUUCAAAUCAAGUGAGACCUUAUAAGAUGCAAUGUAAUUCAAUAAUAAGAUUACUUCUCAAUGAUUAUUCAAACAA